AUACCAUUUGGGAGGAGAGAAACUAUUUGCUAAUCCCUCCCACACCCUUUCAGUUUCUGGGUGGUAGGUUGCAUAAACAGUGCACUGAAUAUCCAGCAAACAAAAAUUGGUGCUGCCGAUCAAGAGAGAUCGGUAAAUCACUUCUCUUUCUGCAGUUUUAUGCUGGGAUAAAGAACGCAAAUUCUCCUGAUCCAGAGAGGGAGCACGAUUCCCGAGCUGUGGUCAGCUUCUGCGGAAAGGCUCCAUUCAGUCUUUCACUGAACUUGCUGGGUGUGGUCUUGUAGGUCAGUGUUUGAGAAGCCAACCAGAAAAGCUGGGGAUUUACUGUCAAAAUCAGCUGCUAAGCAAGUUGCUGAAUACAACAGGGACAGAAUGGCAGAGGACCCCAAGAUCGAGCUGUUCAUUAAGGCCAGUGACGAUGGUGGGUCCAUUGGGAAUUGUCCAUUCUCCCAACGCUUGUUCAUGAUCCUGUGGUUAAAGAAAGUUGCUUUCACCAUUAACACGGUGGAUAUGAAGAGGAACCCAGACAUGCUCAAGGAUGUUGCACCGGGGAGUCAGCUGCCUGUCCUCAUUUACAACGGUGAUCUUAAGACAGAUAACAACAAAAUUGAAGAAUUUCUGGAGGAGGUUCUCGCCCCUCCCAAAUAUCCUAGACUGAGUGCCAAAUACAAAGAAUCCAUGACUGCAGGCUACAGUGUCUUCCAGAAAUUCUCAGCUUAUGUUAAGAACCCACUUCCUGAAAAGAAUCAAGCUUGCGAGACAGCAUUUCUGAAGGCGUUAGUGGAGCUGGAUCAAUAUCUGAACACCCCACUGCCACAUGAAGAUGGGAGUUACCCGUCAAAGAGGUUAUUCCUGGAUGGAAAUGAGCUGACAUUGGCUGACUGCAAUCUCCUACCCAAACUCCACGUGGUUCAGGUUGUGUGCAAGCAUUAUCGGAAUUUUACAGUCCCGAAGGAGCUUUCAGGCCUGUGCAGAUACCUGAACAAUGCGGAGAAAUGUGAGGAAUUCAUGAAUACCUGCCCUAAUGAAGAGGAGAUCAAGUUAGCAUAUCGAAAUGUUGCUAAAUAUUCAGAUAAAAGUGGAGCAAAAUCGGUAACAGGGAGAUGAUGUCUCCCAGUUGGAGAUUUAAACUAUCAACCUUUGACCGGAUGCAACAUCUCCAACUUCUACUGCUGAAUUUUGUGUUUAUUUGAACUUUCCAUUCUUAAUAGGGCGUUGAGACUCACUGCAAAACUACAUUCAUGAAACCUGCUGCAGUGACCCAGUUCCUCUAGGUCUUUUAUAAUUGACAUCUCAGAAAUGAGGGGUUUGUACAAUAGGGUUAAUGUUUGUAUGUUAUAAUACAAUUCCCUCAAAGUCUCAACUUUGCCUAAUAAUGAUUUUACACAAUUUAUAGCAAGUCAUUCUUUCGACCAAUAGUGCACUUUUAAGGUGAGGAUUCCAUUCAUCUGACAUGAACUCUGCAUAAAGACCUCCCCACAAAACGCUACUGAAUUCUCUGUCCUUGAACUAUUGCCAAUGCAUCUGAAAAAAAAAUGUUUAAAUUGAAGCUACAAAAAAUGAAUGGUUGGUAAAUUUUGAAAAAAUAAUCUGCAGUUAGUGAGAAAAUUAGCGGUGGCGUUGAUGGAGAGCUUGUGUUUUGUGCAAGUCUAAUCUCCAAAAGAGUUGUUUUGUAAUAUGGCCACUAAGUUUUUGUGGAAUUAACAAUGUACAUUUUCUCAAGGAAAACCAUGUUUUUUUGUUCCAGAAGUCCACAUGUAGACUUUGCAGUUUAGUGGGAGUCAAGACAAAAUUGAAGCAUAUUGGACAAACUAAGUCACAAGAGAAAGUAAAGUGAUUAGAGAUGAUUGGCGUAACCUCACGUUAAGGGAAUUUUUAUCUCUUUUUGAUGAAUCCUCAAUUCCCUCCCCACAGUGGUUUGAGAAGGCAGCUCAUCACCACAGUCUCAAGGGCAAAUAAUGAUGGGCAAUAAAUGCUGGUGCAGCCAAUGACCCUCACAUUCAUAGAUGAAUACAUUUUUAAAAAGAAAUCACAUUGUUGGUUGAAAUAAUACAGGAAAAAGGUGGUAUGGUGACUAAGUGGUUAACACUGCUGCCUCACAGUGCCAGGGACCCAGGUUCGAUUCCAACCUUGGGUGACUGUCUAUGUGGAGUUUGCACAUCCUCCCCGUGUCUGCAUGGGUUUCUUCCGGGUGCUCCGAUUUCCUCCCACUGUCCAAAGAUGUGCAGAUUAGGUGGAUUGGCCAUGCUAAAUUGUCCCUAGUGUUCAGGGAUGUGAAGGUUAGUUGCAUUAGUCAGGGGUAAAUGUGAGAUAGUGGGGUAGGGGAGUGGGUCUGGGUGGGAUGCUCUUCGGAGGGUCGGUGUGGACUUGUUGGGCCGAAGGGCCUGUUUCCACACUGUAGGAUUCUAUGAAAAAGUGACUAAGAACUUUGUUGUUGUAUUUAACAAAUGUCCAGCAACGUAACUCCAUCAUUAUGAUGUCCAGCUAGAUAAAACUACUGAUCUCGGAGAUAGAAUUUGAUUUAUUAGGGAGUAAAUCAGUAAUUGAAUGUAUGUAUUGAAUUGCCCAGCUCACAUCAGAUUUCAGGCAUUUUUGUGAGUGUGUCUGUUAAGUUACAAUCUUAAUUAUCAGUCAGAACGUUAUAUAGUAUGGUUGCAAUUAAUCACUUGUAUAAUGAAAUUAACUUUCUGAUGAGUUUUUUUGUUACAGGCAAUGACUUAGAUGCUACUUAAUUCCCGUUCCUAUUGCAUUCCAUUAAUUCUGGGAGAGCUGUAUUAAUUAUCAUUGAUUCAAGUUGAUGAAGCAUGCUAUCAAUUUCCCAUUCUGACAACAGAAAAACUUCAACCUUGAUGAUACAAGUCUCCAAGUUAUUCUGUUGAUGCCAAGGUUGCAAUGAGGAGUUCAUCUAGUGAUAGAUACAUGAUUACAUUGAUAUAGCACCUUUCACAUCCUCAGGGUGUGCCAGACAACUUCAAAAGGAAUAUUUUGAGGCUUUUGCUAUCAUUUUCCAAGGACUGUCUUGUAAUGCAGUGAAGAACACAAGUUGAGAACUAGAUAUUUUCCUAAUUAAUCUGUGUACCUACCUCUGGAGUAGGUGAGGACUUGAAGUCAGGCCUCCUGGUUCAGACAUAGGGGCACUAUCACUGCACGGUAAGGGUCCCUAUUCUAUUCUCUAUUGUAACACCUGAGCUGUCCAUCCAAAGUUGUGGUUGGGAGUUGAUUUGGGCAGGCAGUGGUUCUGAAAACUUUGAGUUUCCUACUAACUGUCAAGGAUAACAGUAGUCACAAUAUAUUUAAUUCGUUGCUUAGUAGUACAGAGCUUGAAUAUUGCUGAAUAGUACUAUGUUGUUGAGGGUCUUUGUCUUCGACUCAUCGGAACAAACACAAGAAUGCUAUGUUUCAAACAAUCACAACACCUUAUACUACAGGAGAUAAAGGUCGGGAAAAGAGAGGGCACUGAUUGAUUGGCAAGUUAACUCUGAUUAGUGGAGGUGUUGCUACAGAAGAAACAACAGGGAGCUUGAGGCUUCCAUAUAAUCAAUAAGGGACAGGCCAGAAAGGGGUCCCUGAGUAUGACUGUAUAUUGAUUGCUUCCAGCAAGUGAACUAAUUUACAAGCUUGACAGAUAACCAGUCCGUCCCAUUUUCACUGGAGUACAAGUUGCUGUGACUUUUUGACAUUUGGCAUUCUUGCAUGUGUCCUGACGAUACAAGACCAACAAUAUGUGGGAAUCUGUGAAACCGUUCUGCUGGUGCUUCUCUCGAUAUUGUGGUGGCUUGCCAUCCAUUCUAAUAUUUAAUGUGAGCACUUUGGUGCUACAGAUGCUUUGGGUUUUAUGAAUAUGAGUUCAGUUGUGUGUCACCUCCUCUUCAUAUGAUCUCAGUGGAAUGACCUGCCUCCAACUGCUCUACACAAAAUCACCCUGUAACAUUCCAAAUAGGUGUAUAAUUAAUGAACAAAUGUGUUUAAAAAAAGGGAAGUUUUUUUUUUGUUCACACCCCAAGGAUCUGUCUCAUGGAUUUGUCCAAAUUUUGUGCCUUGGAGAUUAACCUUCAAAUACUCAAGGAUUGACAAUUGUGUUUAAAAACCGACUAUAUGAAACACUUACAGAUCUAGAUAUUGAAAUUCACACUCUGGUCUUGCUGCUGUAUCUUUACAUUGUUUAUAUUAAUAAUUAAUGCAGAGUGUAAAUUAACAAACUGCAGUAUUGAUCUGAGUUUGACAUAUACACUUGGAGGACAGCCUGCCUUUCGACAUCCAAUUCCCAAGUUGUUGGUAGUGUUUCACUAAAGACAUCAAACUAAAAGUUUAGCAUAUUUAGUGUUUCGUAUGCCUACUCUUUAAAUCUUGUAUGUUGCUGGUGGUUUUACCAAGAAUAAGCUAUCUUUAUCAUUUCUGAUAUAUGAUUUCUGUUGUGCAGUUGAAAAUAAGGCAACAUUAUGUAUUUUCAAUUAAUAAAGUUGAGUAUUUUAGGCAA